AUGAUACUAUGGAUUGUAUGUUUAUUGAUCAAAUCAAUUGAAUCCUUUCAUUCUUUAAAUCCAUCAGAUUUAUCAUGCAAAAAACGUAUAUGCCAUAUUGUUUUCAAUCUAAUUAAAUAUUUUCAUAAUCAUUUAGGUGAUUAUCGACUAAUUACCGAUCAAUCGAGCUAUAUAAUUACAUUAGAUAAUACAUUAUCUCGUUUAUUAACAAAAUUAUGGCGUGAACAAAUCAAUGAUCAACCUUUAAUAUUUCAAUCAUUGUGGGUGUCAGUAUGA